UACUAGGGACAAUUUAACGGCAACGGAAAUCUCUGCUCAUCCAAGGCACCGAAAUAAAAUGAAACCACAUCAAGUGGAGGGCUUUAACUUUCUCACUAGCAACUUGCUGGCCGAUAAUCCAGGGGGUUGCAUUUUGGCUCAUGCCCCUGGUUCUGGAAAGACGUUGAUUAUAAGUUUUGUUCAGAGUUUCCUGGUUUGAUUUCCCCAUGCUAGACCAUUGAUCGUCCUACCUAAAGGCAUUUUGUCUACAUGGAAGCAAGAGUUCCAGAAAUGGCAAGUGGAGGACAUUCCGUUGCAUGAUCUAUACACUUCAAAAGCAGAGAACCGGUCUCAGCAGCUGGUUAUUUUAAAGAAGUGGGUAGAGCUGAAGAGCAUCCUUUUUCUUGGGUAUCAACAGUUCUCCACCAUAAUGUGUGACAAUGGGACCAGUAAAGCAUCAGUUGAUUGUCGAGAAAUGCUGUUGAAGGUCCCUAGCAUUCUGAUUUUAGAUGAAGGCCACACUCCAAGGAAUGACGAUACCAAUUUGCUGCAGUCCCUUGCAAGAGUCCAAACACGUCUAAAAGUAGUCCUCUCAGGAACCCUUUAUCAGAAUCAUGUGAAAGAAGUUUUCAAUAUUUUAAAUCUUGUUCGUCCGAAGUUUCUGAAAUUGGAUACUUCCCGGGAUGUGGCUAAGCGUAUCAUGAGCAGAGUACAAAUAUCAGGUGCGAGGAAACAAUUAAAAACUGGUACAAAUUCAGCUCUAUUUGACUUGAUAGAAUACACUCUCCAGAAAGAUGAAGACUAUAAAAGGAAAGAGGCUGUCAUACAAGAUCUUCGAGAGAUGACCAGGAAGGUCCUGCAUUACUACAAAGGAGAUUCUCUGGACGAACUCCCCGGUCUUGUUGAUUUCACCAUACUACUCAACCUUAGUUCAAGACAGGAGCUUGAAGUGAAAAAAAUGAAGAAACUGGAUUACUUCAAGAAAGCUUCUGUGGGUAGCCUUGUUUAUAUGCAUCCAGAGUUGAAAUCUCUUACAGAGAAAUAUUCAUUGACUGGUGAAAAAGGCUGUGAAAUUGGUAAUGACAAGAUGGAUACAAUUGUAGAAAAAAUAAAUGUGAAAGAUGGAGUUAAAGCUAAUUUCUUUCUUAGUUUACUACGCAUGUGUGAAUCAAGUCAUGAGAAGCUGCUGGUGUUCAGCCAGUAUAUCCUGCCGCUGAAAUUUAUGGAGAGAUUAGCAGUGAAGCUAAAGGGGUGGAGUCUAAACAAGGAAAUUUUUGUGGUUACCGGCGAUUCAAAUUCAACACAUAGGGAACAGUCUGUAGGAAGCUUUAACAAUUCAGCCGAUGCGAAAGUCUUCUUUGGCUCUAUUAGAGCCUGUGGAGAAGGAAUCUCUCUUGUGGGGGCUUCUCGCAUCCUAAUUGUUGAUGUUCCAUUGAACCCUUCAGUAACUCGCCAGGCAAUAGGCCGGACAUUUCGACCAGGACAAAUGAAGAAAGUAUACGUCUAUAGAUUGGUUGCUGCUGAUUCGCCCGAAGAGGAAGGUCACUUAAUCUGCUGCAGGAAGGAAUUGAUUUCGAAGAGGUGGUUCGAGUGGAACGAGAGCUGUGGACAUCAAGACUUUGAUUUGAAGACUGUUGACGUGCAUGAAUGUGGUGAUAUGUUCUUGGAAAGUCGAUUGUUGCAGGAAGAUGUAAAGGUUCUACAGAAAAGGUAAACCAUCCAGAGAGGCUAAGCCUUUGGGGGAAUGUAGAUAACCGAACACAUUAUGUCAUAACUACGAAGGCUUCAUACUCAUCGUUUAAGGCUUUGGUCAAGGAUACCGUAGGCUCUGUAGGCAAGUCCAUUUUAAACAAUGCAGAUGGUAGGUAAGAAACUGCUGUGCUCGGCUUCUCUUUCUUCUGUAUAUGAAUCUGCAGACUGCAAAAUUGAAACAACUGCAAGUGGACUUGGAUACUUUUAGGCUUUUAGCUGAUUCAGAUGCUCGUUAGCGUUAGGUCUUGUUAGCGGAAGUGUUGCUGAAUGUUCACCCAAAAGCAGGAAAAUUUGUCAAGAAUUUAAUAGUCUUAUGAAAGGUUUAGAAAGUUUUGUUGUCAAGUGUUUUCAAGAAUCAAGUCCUGAAAACAGGAGGUCGGAUUCUUGCAUAUCAACGGCAACAUAUCCCCGGUGACACCCAAGUCUUUCUUCCGAGGGAAGGGAACGAAACCCCUCUUCUCGCCUCUAAUUAAAUUUUGACUUGGCAACAUUGAAAUAAUAUUCUAUUUUGUUCAACACCAUUAACAGAGUUUGGCACUGAUUGUACAUUUUCCCCUUCCAACAUACUAAACAAAAGAAUAAGUAUCUGAUUUUUACAAA